AUCCUUACAUUUUACAAGCGUCCGACGCGAAAAACGGAAGCAGUAAAUUUAUUACAGCAGACAGAAGAACGGGAUUUGUAGACAACGAUGUUUCCAAAGAGAGAAUUUAGACAUCGUCAUUUUCGGAUUCUCUUGCCUUCUUUCUGGCACUCAAACGGUGUCGUUUAAUCACUUCCCAUUUCACUGGUUUCCUCACACCUUCUUCACAUUGCCGCUGUGUUGAACACCUCUCCUUUACAGUAAUAGUAGUAACAAUUACAGUAGUCUGUAAAGUCAGCGAAGAUGUCUUCUCUGCCUGCGGGUGGUGCUGCGCCCCCGGCGUCAUCGUUUCCGCCAGGAAAUGACACGACUACUCCCUCGCCUCCGGUUGGCGGCACAACCAAUGCUACCGGGCCGUCGUCAGCUCUGAACUCUCCUUCAUCUCCGGGGAAUGGGAAUGCAGCGCUGAACCCUCCUGCGCCACCGGGACAGGGUAGUAAUCGUACUACACUAGUAGCGCUGGGAGUGGGGAUUGGGAUAGGAGGAGCGAUUGUGCUUGUUUUCGUGGGCAUUUUCCUCAUCUGGUAUAAGCGGAGGAAGAGGCGUCAUCCACCAGACCCCAAAGGUGAUUCUUUUAUUCGUCCACUGCCUCAGUGGCAACAAAAUACUCCUCCUCCGCCAGCAAGCAAUAUAGUUGGGAUGCUAUCUCCUACUCCACCGCAUGGCAUUCUAUCAAAUUUUUCAGAUGGUUCUACUCCACCACCUCCACCCUCUGUGGCCAGCAGCUUGAAUUCUGAGAAGCAACCCCAACGAUUAUCCCCUGAUAGUCGUAUAGGUAUUAUCAAAAUGACAUUUAGCUACGGAGAAUUAGCUCUUGCUACAGACAGUUUCUCCAUCACCAAUCUUCUUGGUGAAGGUGGUUUUGGAUAUGUAUAUAAGGGAGUUCUUCAUAAUGGGAAACAUGUUGCUAUCAAGAAACUGAAAGUUGGAAGUGGACAAGGGGAACGUGAAUUUCGGGCAGAAGUUGAGACUAUAAGUCAUGUUGAUCACAAACAUCUUGUUUCACUGGUUGGGUACUGUAUUUCAGGCGAUCAGAGAUUGCUAGUAUAUGAAUUUGUUCCAAACAAAACCUUGGAGUUCCAUUUACAUGGGAAAGAUCAUCUUCCUAUAAAUUGGGCAAAUCGGAUGAAAAUUGCUUUGGGCUCUGCAAAAGGAUUGGCAUACUUGCAUGAGGAUUGUCACCCUAAAAUCAUACAUCGGGAUAUCAAGGCUGCUAAUAUUCUUCUUGAUGAUGAUUUUGAGGCAAAGGUUGCAGACUUUGGCCUUGCUAGGUUCUAUUUGGAUACAGAUACUCAUGUGUCCACCCGCGUGAUGGGAACUUUUGGUUACUUGGCGCCAGAGUAUGCACUUACGGGGAAACUAACGGAGAAAUCAGAUAUCUUCUCAUUUGGAGUCAUGAUUCUAGAGUUGAUCACUGGACGCCGGCCAAUUGAUAAAGCUCAACACUACCUUGAUGACAAUAUUGUUGAUUGGGCAAGGCCUUUGCUCACGCAAGCUUUGGAUGACGGCAACUUUGACACACUAGCUGACCCAAGGUUACAGAAGGAUUAUGACUCCACUGAGAUGGCUCGAAUGGUUGCAUGCGCUGCUGCUUGUGUGCGUCAUUUGGCUCGGCGCAGGCCGCAAAUGAGUCAGAUAGUUAGAGCUUUAGAAGGAAACAUAUCCCUGGAGGAACUGAAUGAAGGUAUUAAACCUGGACACAGCACAAUAUAUGAUUCUUAUGGAAGCUCAGAUUUCGACACUGCUCAAUACAAAGAGGAACUGAAGAAAUUUAGGAAGAUGGCAUUAGAAUUUGAAGAACAAAAUUUGAGCGAGUGCAGUGGGCCAACUAGCGACUUUGGUCUUCAACCGUCUGCUUCGAGCAGUGAAGGUAUACAAAGUAUCCCAGGAGAUGCGAAAAUAAGCUGAAAAAUGAAGGUAAACUGCAGAUAUAUAAGUUUUAGUUGAAAUAGCUUUGGAGAUUUGCAGAUGUUUCACUAGAUUUUCUCUUGUACAUUUGAUAUUUAUCUUAAUGGCUAGCAAAAGAUCCAAGACCCAUUA